AUGGUCCUCACGCUAUACGGCAACCUCGGCGCGACCUGCACAAAGCGCGUACGCACCGUCCUCGCCGAGCUCGACGUCCCGUACGAGUUCGUCAACAUCGACCUCGCCAAGGGCGAGCAGAAGGCCCCCGCGUACCUCGCGCUGCAGCCGUUCGGGCAGGUGCCGUACCUCGACGACGCCGGCUUCACGCUGUUCGAGAGCCGCGCGAUUGCGCGCUACCUCGCGCUCCAGUAUGGGGGCGUCGGCACGCUCGUCCCGGACCCGAAGGACGUGCAGAAGACGGCGCGCUUUGAGCAGGCGGCGAGCGUCGAGAUGAGCAACUUCGAGCCGUCGGCCGUUGGGCUCGCUAUCGAGAAUCUUUUCAAGCCGAUGUAUGGCCAAGCGACCGAUACUGUGAAAGCGGAGCAACUGAAGACGACUCUUGAGGGCAAGAUGGCAGGCUACGAGGCGAUCCUCAGCAAGACCCAGUUCCUUGCUGGAGAUGAGAUCACUCUUGCCGACCUGUUUCAUCUUCCCUGCGGUGCACUUCUCGAGAAUCAGGGCAUCGAUUUCCUAGUCUCUGACAGGUGGCCCAACGUAGCGCGGUGGUGGAAGGCCGUUUCCUCGCGCGAGUCGUGGAAGAAAGUGUCCCAGGCGUAG